AGCCUGGCAGCACCGGGGGCAUUACUGGGGAAAGAUAAAUAUUCUGCACUCAGAGAGCUGUAGAUGGACGGCGGCAUUUAGAAGCGAAGCCGUAGCCCCUCACCUGCUCGGCGGUGAGGCAGGCGCAGGAUCAAGGCAAAGGCGCCUUCACAUCUCGCUGGCCUUGAACAGCAGAUGAAAGGGGGCCACUGGGAGCCAGGGAUAACAAAAGGAGAGCGGGGAAAGUUCGGGUCAGGCAGGGAUUUCUGGCUGGUGGGUUUUCCACUGAGAAAUUCUCUCUGCCUCUUUCAUGAUGAUGAAGAUCCUUUUAAUUUUUUUCUUCCCCCUUUCUCCUCUCCUUCUUCUUUUCCCCUUUCGCCAGGCUGAUAGCUGGGAGCCGCGGAGCAUGUGAUGCAUCUUCCAUAUAGGGGCAGGAGCAAAGCAAGACCAACUGAUGGACGCCCUAGGGCCAGACUUGCAGACAAUAUAUAACCUACUGCAUGAUCUAAAACGCUUCCCACUUUCACAGAGUGAACAUCAGGCAGAGCGGAGCCGCAGCGAGGGAAGAGGAGUCCUGCGUGCAGGGCACACAGCGGUUCCCAGGGAGGUGUGGGAAGAUUCACGUGCUGUGCCCCUCUGUUCCCACAAGGAGCCAUCUCCAGGCACCUGCCACCAUGUCCAAGGACGACGUGGGCUGCAAGCUGACCUCGGUCUACAAGCACAAGGAGAGGAAGCCAAAAAAGCCUCACUACAUCCCAAGGCCAUGGGGCAAGCCAUACAACUACAAAUGUUUCCAGUGCCCCUUCACCUGCAUGGAAAAGUCCCACCUCUACAACCACAUGAAGUACAGCCUGUGCAAGAACUCCCUCUCCCUCCUCAUCGAGUCCGACUGGCCCUACAAGAAGGGCAAUCUGCUCCACCCGGAGCUGCGACUCCUGCAUGCAACGGAGACCUCCCGCCUGCGCGGGCGGCGGGAUGAGCAGGAGACCUGCGACUCCUCGGCCAUGUCGGGAGGGUCAGUUAGGAUCAAGCAGACCUCCAUCAGGGACAGCCAUGAGGACAAGCCGAUGUCAGGGGUGGAGAUUCUGCCUGCUGAAGGGGCCGGUGAAGAAGGUGGCCCGUUCCAAGAGGAGGAGGAGGAUGUUGCUGGCCUGUUGAGGGAGAUGGAUGCGGGGGAGAAGAAAGAGAAAAAUGAAGAGGCAGGUUGCCAAGGUGACCCAGCUGAACCAGAAGUGAACACUUUGGUCUUUGGUUUCAAGAACAAGAGGGAAAAGCCUUGCAAGGAGGUAGAGCCCGACUUCAUCAUCACAGACGUCUUCUCCCUCAAGAACCACGUCAUGAAAAGCAGGGAAAUGGCCUCCCCAGACCUAGAUGCUAAGCCAAAGCAUUGCAAAGUGCCAAAGAAAUGCCUGGCCAGCAGCGGGAUCCUCAUGGAGCAGUGGAAGCUGGUGGCAAAUGGGCAAAGGAGGAACACAUCUGAGGUCUCCCCACCUUGUACUGACAGCAACAUCAUCCCGUGCUACCCCCCUCCAGCCUACAGUGACUACCACGAACCUCAGGGCCUCAACCUCUCACUGCUGGGUAUUAAUUACCCAUUAAACCCCAGUGUCUUCUCCUACCUGAGCCCCACCAUGGCCAACAGCGCUACAACUCACCCGCACUUGGCUCAGCUGCCCUUCCUGGCCUCCACAGCCCAGCUGAUGCAUCCACAUGCCUCCCACUUCCAGCCUCUGCAGAGCCCUGAGCGCUCAGCCUUCCUUCCCCGCUUCUACUACCCCUUGCUUUUCGAGCACACCUUCAGCUCCACUGAAAGCAAGAUGUCCUCCAGUAAGCCAGAAGCCCAGCAGCUGGUGGGCUCUGUCAUGCCCACACCGCCCCAAGCCAAACCUCCCAGUGAGCCAACCAAACCAGGGCUGCUGAAGGUACCAGUUCUGAAGACAAGUUUUCCUUGGUCCAAAGGUGUCAGAGAGGAGCCAGCCUCCGAGCUCAGCCACCCUGCCAUGCUGGGGCAGGAAGAAGAGGAGAAAUGGCUGUCCCAAGAGGAGAGCAACCCAGCUUUGGGCCUCAACAACCUACGCAAAAAGCCAGUCACUGACAUCUACCAAAACAUGGUGGGGAUGAAGGAUGGCGCUUUUGCCCCCAGCAGCAUCCGGAAGACAGAGUUACCGGUGGUGACCUCUCUGGAGACCAGCAGCCCUCAGGGCAGCUCUCUGAAGAGGAAGUUCACUGCCAAUGGUCUGGACUUGAUAGGACCCGAAAGACUGAUGCCUGGAAAACUCAGCUACCAGAGCAGUGGUUCAAGGGCCAACCCUGGCCACAUCCCCAAGGCCCUGGACCACUGGCACACGGAGGUCCUCACAGGCCAGCCUGAGGAACCGGAGAGGGGCAAUGACACUGAAGUUCUUCCCUCUGUGGGUGCUGGCCUAGACCAUGGUCUCUGCAAGCAGAGCAGACCCCAAGAGACUUUUGCCGCCAUGAUGGACUCUGAGGCCACAACCGUGCUUAUUGGGGACCUGUCCAAAACCUUAGAAGAGUACCAAGAGGUGGAGAAGCAACUGUCUGAUCUGGCAAAGGAGGACACCCCUGGGCAAAAAGAGCUGAGGGACCAGCUGGUCAAAAUCCGAAGGGAGCUCUACCACAUCCACCAGGCACUGGAGAAAGCCACCAAACCCCAUGAGGGGCCUCUGGACCUCUCGGUGAAGAGAUCCUCUGAAGGUCUGGAGAAGGUCCAGCAGGCCAAGAAGGAGCCCUGCAACAUGAACCUGGGAAGUGAGAAGCUCCAUGGCAAAGACCAAGGGGCCCUCAACAAAUGUACGGCCACCGGGGAGGUGGGAGAUGGGGAGGGGCUGCCAAACUGCCUCCUUGAGGCCGAGAACAAAACCAUCGACCUGCUGAUCAAGAUGAGCCGCUCCGAGAGCCUCCGGGCAUCCUCCUCCGAGGCCCACCUGGGCACUGUGAUCAAGGCUGAGGUCCUGCCGCUCACCAUGCCCCUGGAGCUCCGGCACGUGAUGGAGCCCUACUACAGCCGUACCACCAAGUGCGAGGCAGACUCCAGUGUCCUGCUCUGCUCCGAUGGCAGGUCCAGCACCACCCAGGGCCCUCAGCUCCCAGUCACCACUGAGGAUGGGCCCCUGGGCUGCCGGGCCAUGCAGCGCUCCCUCUCCUGCAGCCUUCCCAGCGAGACAGAUGCAGUGUGUGUCCACAGCCCUCUGCAUGCCGACCCCUAAGUCCACCUUGCUCGAAAGCUCCUGGAUCUCACUGACCACCUCAUGCGUCACCUUCCUAGUGUCCCACCUCUCCGCUCUCCCUCUUCCCCAUGGAUGAAAGCUUAACGACUGCCUGGCUGGGGCCACGUUGAGUGGGGUCCCAGCUAGCUCCCCCAGCUGACUCCACAAGGUGUAAAAAACCAGUCCCUGUCCUACCCCAGUGUCAAGGACGGUGCUUCUGGGCUCUGCAUGCUCCACAGCCUCAGCUCCCUGGUCCUGGAGCUCCCUUCGAAAGGGAAGUCACUGGCAGGUAAAAAAAGAAAACUGCUGAAAGCACCAAGCUUUCGGUAAAAGGCUAAUCCAGCUGUCUCAUCAGAGACACUCAGGGACUUUUGCAACCCAGCUCCCAUGAUCUGUGGACAGGGAAGGAACCACAGACAGGGUAUCUGCAAGGCCAAGCUUUGGUCCAGCCAUGGUUGUUCUCAGACUGUGGCUGUCACCUUGUACGGAGUAAAGACAUGGUGGCUUCGCCCCAUGGUGGCUUGAGAGUCACAGCAGGGAUGCCCAGCUGGACUGACCCAGAGGCCAAGUACUUUCUGCACUGUGGAGACAAGAACAUCUUCCCAGCCACAAUGACAAAACAACAUGGGAGCCACCUUGCCACAGCUCCACACCUGGGUCAUGAGCUCUCCUGCCAAGGGCAUUUGCCACGUGUGGGGACUGCUGGGCUGUGGGGACUUGUUCCUGCCCACCGGUUCUCCAGUGUCCAGCUCCUUCUUUUGCCUUUACACAGAAAGGACUUUCCCUCCCUCUGCUCCAAUGGCCUCUCCCCAUGCAGACAUGAUGCACAUUCCUCAUGAAGGCAGAGUACAGCUCCCAUGAGCUCCUGCUCACUAGUCCUAAUCCCCCAAAUGAUGACACUUGGGACAGCAAAAUGGGUGAGACGAUGCUGCCACGUACCCCACUGCUCGAGAAGCAAAGACCCUAAAAACAACUGUGAAGGGACAAGCUUGACCUAUCCCAAGCUGGAAUGAUGCUGAGCGGUCACCCCUCAGCCAGAGCACCAGAGAGCUACCCAUCCGGGCAGGUGCCUGCUGCCUGUGGGAUGAGUGCUGGCCUUCCCAAAAGGCCACCUUCUCCCCGUGCUCACCGGGGGCUCUUGCCUCUGUUGGGCAGGCUGGUACCCACGGCAGGGCAGUCACACCUCCCUGUCCCCUGCCACCCUGCUGAGCAGCAUCUGCUCCGGCUCAGGAUGUCCCCAUGCUUGGGCCAGGAUUUCUUGGACUCCCUCCCACUGUGGCAGGUAUAAUGUGCUCUCCUUAGCCUGGAAAAGCCAGGUACCCUUUCCUCUCCCAUCCACACUCCCUGUUCAAGAGGUGGUGGGGUGUCCUGUUAGCACCCAGGGCCUUCACUGACUUGACCUGGUGGCUUGUUCUUUGCAAUGAGAAGAGCUGGGAUGCAGGGCAGAAGGGCAGGACAAAGAGGACAGCAAGCAAAGCCACAAAUAAGGACCUACACAGCAAGGAGACUUUAGAAGCUGGCUCUUCUCUGGGCACAAAGUGGACAAUCCUAAUGCAGGUGGCUGAAGAAGGCAAGCCCGUGCAUAGGACCUGGGACUCCCAAGUACUUUAAUGGACCCAGACAACAGGAAGAGUUGACUCUUCUCACCUGAUUGCUCUCUGGACAAAGCUUCCACCUCAUCAAAGUGGUUUAUUUCUCACUCAAGGACUUUGCUUAGGGCACACAGGCCUGUUGAGUUAUUGGUCUCUUCUCUCUCUCGAAAAGUAUGGGGCGGUGAGCGGCAGUCAAAAGGACAGAUGCUCAGCUCAGCACCAUGGCCAUUUUGAGCCAGGUCCAGAUCUUCCUGAUGGGCCAUGUCCUGCUGCUUCCCAGCGUGGCCCUGGCCCCACAAGGCCCAAGUGAAGGUCAUGACAUGCCACCAGAACAGACCUGAGUUUGGGUGCAGGAUCCUUGACCCCAGAGGAGGUGGCAUUGGGCCUUCCUUUCUGGGUUUGAAUAGUGCUGUCAUCUUUGGAUGCUGUAACACUAUCAGCACAGCAGCCGCCUCCAUACCAAGCACCUUGCUCACACUACCCACUGCCAACAGCCUGCCAGUCUCUCUCCAGCCUCUUCUGCCACCCUGUGCCCCUCUGUCACCCUGUGCCCCUCUGUCACCCGCCCCUUCCCAGCUCCCUCUUCACACAGUCCUGGCAGCUGCUGUUCCCCAUGCCAGCACCUCCCUGUUCCUGUCUCUCAGGGCUCCCUACUCUCCCCCACACCAGCUUCUCUGUGCAUCUUUCAUGCCAGGACCCUCAUCCAGCGCACAGCAGGGCACCCACAGGCACAGCCAAGAAGUUGGAGCCCCAUUUUCCCAUGACAUCCUUCCCUGCCCACCCAGCCUUUACCUCCUCUGAGGAACAACAAGACGUGUAGGUCCCUCCGCCCAUCCGGGAGCCCCAUCUCCUCCCAGCCCCAAGGAUCGCACUGUUUUUCUUAGCAGAUCCCCAUCUGAAAUUGGGCACCUUGGAGGUCCAAGACAACAGAGGGGUAGCUGAGCUCUGUGACCAGCAGCCCUGGGCUUCAGCAGAAGGUCUGUGCCCAGACCACCAGGCAGUGCUGCCUUUCACCCCUUUUUAGCUGAGAUAUUGCCUGCACACAAGUCACCUCUCCCUCCCCAGCCCCUGACUCCAUCCUGCCACCCUGAGCUGGGAUGCUGCCCUGCUCCGUGAUGCCCACGCUGUGAGCUGGGCACACCUCCUGCGAGUGGAGCCGUUGCCAGCAGCCCUCGCCACGUUGCUCAUGGUCUCCCUCGCCUCUGCAGAAAGCCGGGGGGGCAAGUGGGAGGAGGAGGCCGAUCACACAGUAUUUAUUGUUCACAGUUUUACGAAUGUACAAAACAAAAACCAAACCAUUAAAG